AUGGCGCGUAAAAAACAUAUAGACAUCACGCUUGGGUUGUACGCAAUCCUGUUUAUUCAAGCGUAUACAACUGAAGCUACUAGAAUCCCGCGUCAGUCUUGUAUAUGCACGAAAAUCUAUAAACCGAUAUGCGGGUCAGACGGAAAAACUUACGACAACGACUGCGAACUAAAAUGCUUUAAUGGUGGUAUUGAAAAAGGUCCUCUAGUAACCACAAAAUAUGACGGAGAAUGUAAAGAAGAAGAGAGCUGUGUUUGUACGAAAAUAUACCAACCUGUUUGUGGUUCAGACGAAAAACCUACAACAACGAGUGUCUUUUGA